UUGAUUCAUCUCAGAAAAACCUUGGCAACACUGAUCGUCAUUUCUCUCAUUCUUCAUAAUCAAGAGUCAUAUAAUUUCACAAGAGUUCGAAUUCUCAAUCAUGGCUCUUCCAAAAACACUCGUGACGUCAAUCGUGAGAAAGUGGAGGAAGAUUGCUACCGUGAGAAGAAUGGGAUCGAUUGCUUCUACUUCUCCUCCAUUCAACGCAUCAUUUUCUUCUUCCGAUAGAAGGGGUCAUUUCGUGGUCUACACCAUGGAUAAAAGUCGUUAUACAAUACCAUUGAAGUUUUUGAAAAACGAAGCAGUUUUGGAGAUAUUGAGGAUGUCUAAAGAAGAGUUUGGAUUCUCAAGCAGCAAACCAAUUGUAUUGCCGUUUGACACUUUUGUAAUAGAUCAGGUUAUUUCAUUGAUCUUCUCACAACAAAAUGGAGAUAAAGUUCUUGAGCAAGUACAUAGAAGCGUUAUGGCUACAACCAAGGGUUGCUCAUCAUCGAACCAGAGUUCUUUUAUCCCACACCACUCUUGCGAAAGCUUGUUUGUUCUGCAACAAGGUUGAUUAUUGCCUGUAUUUGUAACUGUUAUCUAUAUUACAACGAUUUUUCUAUCUUUUUAGGGUGUUUUGGUUCUAUGUUUUGAAAUUAAUGAUAUUAUUUCAAUUUGAUAAUACUGCUUUCUAAUAAGAUGUAUUUGCUCAAAGUAUAAGAUGUAUAAUUUUUUAUAAGAGAGAAAUAUUUCUAUUAAUUAAAUGGAAUUAAAAGAUUACAAUAUACAUAAUUACUAGCUCAGUAGUCUGCUUAGGUUCGAGUACCUAAAGUAACACUAAAAAAGAAAGAGCUCUGGUUUUUCCAAAGCGCAACCAAAAAGAUUUCGAAACCUAGCGGCUUUGUUGUCAAUGAGCGAAGCUCUGUCAGGAGCUACUCCCCCGGCGCCACAACCACCGGACUCCUCUACUGAGCAACGUCCACCUCAGCUGGCAUCUUCCUCGCCGACUGGUAAGGGGGAUCGUGAAACCCAGCACACAAAAAAGAAUGCUCGACUGAUGUGUGCAAAUCCACUGUUCGUCGUAGACGAGAUGGUGGAAGACCCCGAGAUGAUUGAGACUGAACCUACCGUGGAAGAACCUGUGAAACCAGCGUCGCUUCCGCAAACGGAGAUCCCACCCUUGGCAUGGGGAGCGGGGGCAGGAGCAAAAAACUUUUUCUCCGACGUCAUCGCAGAAUCAAACUCUAAAGAUGUUGCUGAAGCCAUGAAGAUAGAAAACCUAGAUGACGAGGUGUCGGAGGAUGAAGAUCCCCGCCGCCCUACAAUUCUGCUCACGUCCAUGGAGAAGCAGCGAUAUCGUUGUUAAUGACACUGAACGCUUAUUGUUAAAGUCUUGGGACGUACGUUUCCGUUCCCUGUGAUCUCCCGACGAUUGGAAACUCUAUGGGAAAAGGACGAUUACCUCCAGAUUUCAAGUCUUUCACAUGGGUACUAUGUGGUGAGAUUUACUUACCAGAUGGACUUCGAGCAAGCAAGGCUAGGAGGACCAUGGUUGAUUAGAGAUCACUACAUCACUCGCGCCCCAAGCGGAAAAAUUUCAACCCGAAGAGUGCCAAAUUCGCACCAAUGUUGGUUUGGGGAAGGUUUCCGGAGCUGCCAGUGGAGUUUGUGAACUAUGAGGCUGUGGAACGGAUUGCCUCACGGAUUGGAAAACCAAUGAAAGUAGACAGUGACCAUGACGGGUGAUAGGGUAAAGUUUGGGAGAGUGUGUGUGGAGAUUGAUCUCAUCAAACCGCUCCUUUCUCAGUAUAAGAUCGAAGGAAAGACCUACAACGUCAUGUUUGAAUGCUUCACAACAUUUGCACAGAGUGUGGGAAAUAUGGGCACUCGUCCAAAUCAUGCCCGCUUUUUCAGAAAGAGACCGAGACGCCACCACCACAGGAGACCAAUCCCACUGUGGCUCAAGGGAACAAGGUGAUCUACGGAGAAUGGAUGAUAGUGAAGUCUCAGAAUGAUAGGAAACAGCGAUCGAAGAGGAACUGAGCACAGCCUGCUAUAGAGGUUAUUGGGGAUAAUGCCAAAGUCAAUGGCUCUCGUUUUUCGGUGCUAGAGAAGGAGGAUCCUCCCGAGGUAAUGGAAAUUGAAGUCGAUACCAGUGAGAAACUCAGGAGGAAGAUACUCAACAAGCCCAGGUAACCACUAAGCUGCACUCGAUGUUAGCGUCCACUCAUGCCAGGAACGCAGAUGAUGAGCUAAUCCCAACUUCUCGCUAGGAGACCCAUCCGCAGGUAUCAAGGAGGGUGAAGGUGUGAGGACCAUUCACCCCCGGCAGCAGCCAAACCAGUGGCCCAUGACUAGGUUUCUAAACAAAACCAGAAUGGGGCGGAACACAUGAGUAUGACUAAGACGCAAGGUACAAAAAGCAUUCGAUAGGAGCUGGUUGAUGUCCCGAUAGCGCAAGGUGUUAGGAAGGGUGGCCUUGACAAUCUAAUGGGAAAUACCAAAAUAAAGCAGGCAAAGUUCCAAGGAAAGAAAGGCAAGGCGACCGGGAAAAAUGGAAGUAAUAUUACCACUCACCCAAAGGGAGGCAAAAUAGGGAACGUGGUAGGCCAGAGGGCUAUUCAAGUCAUCCUGACGGACCUGCGAGAUCCAAUGCUUCUAUCGAGGGGAGAUAAGCUCCCUGCUAGCUUCGCGUAGUAGCCUUUCCCCCGACACUGCACUCAGGAAAUUUCCUUUCGUCACGUUGAGCGCUUUGUAUUUAUUGGCUGUGGAUUACUUUGUUUAUCUCUUUUAAUGUUAAAUGUUCUAGCUUGGAACUGCCAGGGGAUAGGAGAUGAGAGUUUUUUCACGUCUUUGCGUACUUUCAGUGAGGCCACAAAACCGGAGAUUUUCAUUAUUGUUGAACCGCGUAUUAGUGGGGAGACAACUCAUAUAGUGAUCCGGCAGACGAGCUAUGAUGGUUGUCUAAUAAGAGAUGUCAUUAGCC